AGGUCAAGUCACAUGAUCAGUUUUGUCAUCGCCAUUUUGAUAAUUUUCAUAAUUUGCGAAUCGAGAACCCUCACGUUUUAUUAAAUAUUUUACACAUUUAUAUUGUAUAUACUGUACAGAAAUCAUGUCUGCGGAACAACCAUUAUAUACACCAUUCUUUGGAGUGAUGGGGGCAACAGCCGCUAUGGUAUUUAGCUCCUUAGGUGCCGCCUAUGGAACAGCUAAAUCAGGAACUGGUAUUGCCGCCAUGGCUGUCAUGCGUCCAGAGCUCAUCAUGAAGUCCGUCAUCCCUGUUGUCAUGGCUGGUAUUAUUGCCAUAUAUGGGCUUGUCGUAGCAGCUUUAAUCGCCAAUGAAAUAAAACCAGAUUCAUACACACUUUUCAAGAGCUUCGUACAUCUGGGUGCUGGACUUAGUGUAGGUCUUAGUGGUCUUGCUGCAGGCUUUGCCAUUGGAAUAGUAGGUGAUUCAGGAGUACGAGGUACAGCCCAACAACCCAGGCUAUUCGUUGGAAUGAUUCUUAUCCUCAUUUUCGCUGAAGUAUUGGGUCUAUACGGACUUAUUGUUGCCUUGAUCCUGUCAACUAAAUAAUAAAACAGACUACAAAACACUUAGACUGUUAUAGAGAAUGUUAUAUAAUUAUGUAAUUAUUACAAUUGUAUUGUAUAGAAGGGGUCUUAAUUCUUUAAAAGCAUCAUGGGUAAUUUUGUACUGAUUCGAAUUGAAUGAACACAUUCCGAAAUGUAAUUUCCAGAGACCUUUUAGAUUUUGAGACUUUUAUGAAGUAACUUGUGAUGCUUAUUUUGGAUUAAGAUUAUUACAGUUGUAGCGAAUUGUCUUGUGUGAAAUUCUCUUCCAUUAAAAUGGACUGUGUAAAGUUGGAAUUGGCAGACGGAUACAAUCUAAAUGGUGGAAUCAUACGAAAAGAAAUUGAUAAUAAAGAAAAUGAAUUCUAGAACAGUCUUGCCAUAUUUGGCAUAAUGAUCACUGAAUAUACUGACAACAAACAUACAGCAUUCCAUUUCUCGAAUACUGAGGGAGGGGGGAUUGAGGGAGGAAGGAAAGGUUAACUUAUUGAACAAAAGGCUGUGCCAUUUCUGUGUGUUUUACGAUAUGAGGUGAUAAACUAUGAAAGUAGCAAAUUAGCAGUGACGAAUAAACUGAAAAUAUUCAGUAAUCAAGA